GCUCAACCAUUGAACACAUGAGGCCACCUGAAAGGGAUGCUCAGGUCAAGAUCAUGGAGGGUACCGUGGCCAAUGCAGAGAAGUAUCUCGGCCAGUUUUGCAUGCUAUUGGCUUCUUACACCCGGAAGACAGCCAGACUGAGAGACAAGGUUGACCUCCUGAUAAGACAGAUCAUGGACUUUGCAAACACAGAGAACCCAGAGUUACGAAGAUGCCUUAAGGACUUUGGAGAGGAGUUGUCUAAAGUUCAGGACUAUCGGCAGGCACAGGUGGAGAGAUUGGAUGUCAAGGUUAUCGGACCACUAAAGACUUAUGGACCACUGACAAAAUCCAAACGGGCAGAUGUCAAAAAAUUUAACAGUGUCAGAAAUCGUGAAAUGAAAGAACUGGAGGUUCUGCAAAAGGUGAAACAAAGGAACCCCUCGGACAGGCAAGGAAUUGCUGAAGCCAACGUGCAGAAGGCUUCAGUCGAUGUCAAUCACACUACACGUCAGCUGGAGGAGAUCAUUUUCAAAUUUCAGAAGCAGAAACUCAAGGACCUGAAGGAUAUCUUCUCAAACUUUGUGACAAUUGAGAUGACAUUCCAUGCCAAAGCCCUUGAGGUGUACACAAAUGCCUUCCAAUGUUUGAACAACUUUGACGAAGGGAAGGACCUGGAGGCGUUUAGGUCAAAGAUCUGCAUUAGUGAACUUGAGAAUGAUGCCCGUCCAUCUCAGGCUCUCAGCACCUUGGCCUCUCAACGGUCUACAGGCCGUCAGGAAAAGGUUUCAGAGGAGGAGCAGGACGAGGAAGAGGAUGAAGAGGAGGAGGAGGAAGUUGAAGAGUUGCAGGAUGUCACUGAUGAAGAAUACAAUCAAUACACAAAGACUAGAAAAUGA